UCGCCACCACCACACCGCCGCUUCCGCUUCUCCCCUCCGGCUUCCCCUUCCCCCUCCCCCUCCUCCUCCCUCGAGGCAAGCCACAUGGCGUCGGCCACGACCACCACCGCCACGGCGGCCCGGUUCACCUGCCUCGCGCGGGCCGCCGGCGGCUCCGCUGGCCGCGUCCCGGCGCAGCACUGGGGCGCUCCGCCCAGGGGCAGGGCCGGGGCGGCGGUGUCCGUGUCGGUCCCCGUCGUCGCGGCGCCGCGGCGGCCGUCGCGGAGGUGGGCGCCCGGCGUCGCCUACGCCACCGCCGCCACCGAGAAGAACAUCUACGACUUUACCGUCAAGGACAUUGAUGGAAAAGAUGUUUCGCUUAGCAAGUUCAAGGGAAGGCCGCUGCUAAUUGUUAACGUUGCAUCUCAGUGUGGGCUGACAACAGCAAAUUACACAGAACUAUCUCAUCUUUACGAGAAGUACAAGGCUCAAGGAUUUGAGAUUCUGGCAUUUCCUUGCAAUCAAUUUGGUGCACAAGAACCAGGGUCAAACCCACAGAUUAAGCAGUUUGCUUGUACAAGGUUUAAAGCUGAAUUUCCUAUUUUUGACAAGGUUGAUGUGAAUGGGCCUAACACAGCCCCGAUUUAUAAGUUUCUUAAGUCGAGUGCUGGAGGAUUUUUGGGUGAUCUGGUGAAGUGGAAUUUUGAGAAGUUCUUGGUGGACAAAAAUGGCAAAGUCGUUGAGAGAUACCCACCUACAACUUCACCAUUCCAGAUCGAGAAGGACAUCCAGAAACUCCUUGCGGCAUAAGUACUAAAAGCCACACUUCAGCUAAGCUCUUCUGUACAUAUGCCCUGCCUGAUAAGUCAUAAUAGAGUUUUGCUUGAUUAUAUAUGAUAUUUUCUUCUUCUGUAAAAUAACUCACCAUUAUAUGUGCACGCGUAUAGUUGUAACAUGAGACCUUUAGGGUAUCAAAUCUGUAGGCUUUUCUUCUCUCUGUUACUAUCCAUGUUGCAGUUUUCUGCUUGCAGCCUCCCUUUUGUUCUAUA